CUCAUUUGUUUGUUUUCGUUGUCGAUAAUAAAAAAAGAAAUGCGUGUUUGUGUGCAUAUGAUUAGAUCGUAGCUAUGCAAAGACGAAAUGCAUCAUCAUGGUACGUUAAUUGAUUUAACUGAAUAGGAAACAAUAAUCUAUCAUCCCUCUUGUCGACGAGGUUUGACAAGAGAUUAACAGCCUAACUCACAGAGCUGCUGUGGUUUGAGAGGCCAUGGGCCGGCUGGAUGAUGCCGCCAAACACAAAGUGGUGGAGCUGCGGAAAGCUGGUCUGAGUUUCCGCAAGAUCAAAGCUGUGCUGGAGCUGGAGAACAUCAAGGUGUCUGCACAAGCCAUCUACCUGUUCCUGAGGGAGUUCCAAGGGAGGCCGCCAGGGAGGGUCAGACCUGUGGAGGCUGGAAGCAGCAAAACAACAGCACAGGUGCAAGCUCGAGGCGGGGCAAUACAAGAGAACUGGAGUAACAUUCAUCUCCAAAACCUAAUACGGGAGGCAUCUCACCAUGCUGGCUUUACAGCUGCUGCAGACUUUGCCAAGCAAGCGUCCACAAAUCCAGAGGCUAGUGUGAAGCCAUCUGGGUAUGGGGAGACCAGUGGAGGCAGCAGGCCAGAACAGCAACACGAGGGAGAUAAGGAAGAAAAUGACAUCCAGAUUGUUAGCGUCACCUCCCUUGCACAAAACAGUCAACAAAGAGGUCCCCAAUCCACUGUAACAAGGGCAGAGACAGGCGCUGUGUCUUCCACACUAACAGGUACUGGAGCCUUCAUGAGGAGGAGAGUCACACCUUCUCCAGCCACCAAUUCAAUGUUGGCAGCUCGGAAGAGACUUUUGGAUAAAGCGCUGUCACACAGGGUGAAGUCAUACCAUCAAAUGGCGUCGUUGUUGAGGAGAGAUCACCCAAGUGUCCAGGGUUCUGAUUUGAGAAGUGUAAUGCCUCAGCAGCCUGAAACUUAUGAUCUGACCACUGAAAAGACUGUUUUGGACGGUCAGCCAGGAGGAGGCAGUGCCCCCAGGCGUUUUCUGACACAGAGACCAGGUCUGUCUGUCCAUUCCCCUCACCCUCCUCCUCGGGUUGGCAUUCGUCUUCCUAAUCGGCCACCAGCUCCUUUAACAGCCUCAGCUCCUGGGGGUGCCGUCAUUCGCCUUCAGACUCCUGGAGGUCAGGCGGCUACUCGUAGUGAGGGGAACCCAAGCCCUCAGCUGGGAGUCCAGGACGCCGGAGGGAGAAGUGGCCUGCAGGAGCAGAUUUACACCUUGGGUUCUGAGGUGCGCAGCUUGGGCCUGGCAGUGAAGAUGCUGGUGGAGCAGCAGUGCCGCCUGGAGAGGGAGCAGUCGCAGCAGACACACAUUCAGAAGCAGAUCCUCAGCACUCUACAGAGCUUCGCCUCCAAACUUGGACACUGUAGCAGUUCUCAACAGCAGCAAAACAAAACUCCAUCCCCCUCUGCUUUGCCAACACCUUCUGCAUCUACCUCCUUCAGCCAAGACACCUUCAGCUUUAGUCAAGGCACAUACACGCAGUGCAGCCAAACCCAACCAAGCUACAACUCUUUAGAGAGUUUAGAAAAUGUAGAGGCCUUUAAACUGCCGGGACUGAGCCCUACAAGCAUGAAUGGGUUUCCACCAUGUAGCAAUGCUGAGAACCUCCCACUUACUCACACUCCCCCUCAAACACAGCCAUAUGCAGCUGCAUACACACAGCAGAGCAAUCAAACACUCAUGCCACCUUACACACAAUCCUACAAUUCUACAUACAGCCAGUCACAUUCUCAGAGUUUCAGAAUAUCAGAGAGCAAAUCAUCUGAUUUCCCAAGCAGCUGUUCAGCAAGGACUCUCCAGGACUGCAGUGUUUCCUCUGAACUGCUGAUGAACUCCAAUUCUGACCAGGAUCAACAGAUUAAUAUUAUCAAAGUGGAAGCACCAUAGAGGACUUCAGUGUUUUGGGACU